AUGUCUUUCCUUGCAUUGUUCAACAAGUCAGCACAGCCACUGCAUUACAAGCUGCUUGCUCAUUUAACUGCCUAUAAUGGCUCUAUCCAUGCACUUGCAAUUUCUAAUGAUGGACACCUGCUUGCAUGCGGUGGUACUGAGGGAAUCAAAAUCUGGGAUAUCAAAUCUCGGAAAGAACUCACAUCUUCAUCCAAUCAUCAUGAAUCAAGGGGAACAUCUCACAGAUCAUUCGCAGACAACUGGAGCAUCUAUGUGUUUGGGCUCUAUGAUGGCAACUUCAUGAAACUGAAGGAUGAAGAUGGCAACAUAGUGCAAGAAAUUAGCUGCAAAUCAGUGAUUGGUCAUGCUGUGGUGUACUCAAAGUGGGGCAUUUUCAUUGUAGAUAAUGCAACAGAUGGCUUUACAUUAUAUCGCCUUGAAGGUGAUAGUGAGCCUCUUCAAAUGUUUGCAACUGGUUUGCCAAGUGUAUUGGUCCUGAAGCAAGUGGCAUUCAGGGAAGAAGGCAAGGCACAUGAUCUCAAUGGCUGCUGCACAAUUGCCAGCACUUUGCCCAUGCUAGGGCGUGGGAAAACUACAAUCAAGAUAUGGGCAUAUGACUAUGCUGUGCCAAAGAGACAGCUUUUUGCAACAAUGAUUAAUGUGGCCAAUGACUUUUCACAGCGUGUCCAAGCUGCCAUGAUAUUUGAUGAGUAUGUAGAUAUCCAGAAGGACAAGGAAGGGCCAACCAAAGGAUAUGUCAAAAAUGACAUCAUGAUGCUCCAGGAAUUAGUGGCAAAGAUCCUGGAGCUAGCUCAAGAAGCAGAUGGAGAGAUCAACAAGAUACCAUAG